UUUAGUUCGCGUCGAGAUUUCGAUGAAUAAACAGAUAACGGUUUCUGUUGUAUGAAGACAGUGAUAUUACAAUUUUAUAUUUAGUAUUGAAUUUUUAUUUGUAUAUUUUAUUUCUAUGUUCAUCAAGUGUAUUGUUUGUAAAUUUCAUUAAAGUAAUACAUUUCAAUGUCAGCACUUAGUUUCCUAGAUAUGGUCAAACUGACCUUCAAGGUCAUAGGAUACAAAAUACAACAAAGUUCGCUAACAACACGUGAAACAAUUCAAGUUCUUACAACGAAAGGGCCAAUCAAGGGAGUUAAACGGGUCUCCGUUUAUGGAGUUCCAUAUUAUAGCUUUGAAAAUAUCCCAUUCGCUAAACCACCGUUGGAUGAUCUUCGAUUUAAGGCUCCGAUACCCCCAGACCCAUGGGUUGAAGUAAAAGACUGCACACAACCUUGUGAAAAACCACUACAAGAGAAUUUUGUUUUCACAAAAUACAAAGGCUCAGAGGAUUGCUUAUACCUCAAUGUGUUUUCGAAAAAUUUAAGCCCGGACAAGCUAUCACCUGUUAUGGUGUGGAUCUAUGGUGGUGGUUUUCAAAUUGGUGAAGCUUCCCGGGAUUUAUAUGGACCAGACUAUUUGAUGGACAAAGAUGUUGUUUAUGUAUCCAUUACCUAUAGAUUAGGGCCACUUGGUUUUCUUAGUCUUAACGAUCCAAAACUAAAUAUUCCUGGCAACGCUGGAUUGAAAGACCAAAUUUUGGGAUUACGCUGGGUGAAAGAAAAUAUUUCACGAUUUGGUGGAGAUCCCGAGAAUGUAACCCUUUUUGGAGAAAGCGCUGGAGGAACAUCAACUCAUCUUCUAAUGAUUUCUCCUCAAACCGAAGGACUCUUUCAUAAAGCCAUCGUUCAGUCUGGCAGUGCGCUGUGUCAUUGGGCUAUGCCACCGGCCAAUAACUGGCCAUAUCGAUUAGCGGUUGCAAUGGGUCUUACAGGAGCUGAUGCUGGUGAUGAUAAAGCUGUGUAUGAGUUCUUGUCAAAGGCAAAAGGUACUGAUAUUGUAUCAGCUGCCGUAAGGAUAACCAACAAGGAUGAAAAACGGAACCGCGUGUUGUUUGCUUUUGCUCCUACCAUUGAGCCAUAUGAAACAGAUGACUGCGUUAUUCCUAAAGAACCUUUGGAGUUAAUGAAGACUACUUGGAGCAACAAUAUUCCACUGAUGAUUGGUGGAAACUCUCAUGAAGGACUUCUUUUUCUUCCAGAGAUUCGCAGGAGACCAAUUACGCUCGAUGAAGUCGAAAAUUGUGAAUAUCUAGUCCCGAAUGAUCUUGGUCUGGACAGGAGUAGUGAAAAAUGCAAGCAGUUUGGCCUUCAAAUUAAAAAGACACACUUUGGCGAUGAAGAAUGCAGCUCAAAAACAUCCAUGCAAUACCUUGAUUUACUCUCAUAUAAAAUGUUCUGGCAUGGGAUAUCACGCACAGUUAUGUCUCGUUUGGAGUUCAGCAAAGCACCCACAUAUCUAUAUCGUUUUGAAUUCGACUCACCAUUUUUCAACCAGAUUCGUAACUUAAUAUGCGGCAAGGGACAUAAUGGUGCAUGUCAUGGCGAUGAUAUUUGCUAUCUCUUUUACAAUACAUUUUCGUGUAGAUUGUCAAAGGAUACCCCAGAGUACAGGACCAUUGAAAGGAUGAUUGGCAUUUGGACAAGUUUUGCCCAAAAUGGUAGUCCCAACUGUGAUGUCAUAAGUGAUGUUAACAUUCAACCUUUGGAUAAAAAUGAAACAAAUCUAAAGUGUUUCAAUAUAUCAAAUGAAGUGAAAAUUAUUGAUUUGCCUGAAAAUGAAAAGUUGAAAAUUUGGGAUAGUAUGUAUGAAAAAUCUCGAUUGUAUGGAAAAACAUAAGGUAAACAAAAUGCUACAUUCGAUAGUAAGAGGUUCAUCUACCUCUGAAUCAUCAGGAUGUUAUGUGGUGUUCAUCUACCUCGGAAUUUAGUUGUAAAAGAUAUAAAUUAACUUCGUGUCUAUAAUUGUGAUGGUGGGUUGUUCCUUGCAUAAAUUAAUUUGUAUUUCAGUACAACCUCCAACUAGAACUUAAAUAUAUAAUUUUAAAAUACCUAAAAAGGAUAUGGUCCAUUAAAGGUCCAGAGUCCUACACUGUAAGAAUAUAGAUGCAAUAACAAUUUUUGUUCAAAGAGUGAAAGCAGAUUCAUUUUUAUACCUAAAAGCUACUGGUGUAUGUUUAUUUUGCAAAAUAUGUAAAUUUGUAUUUUUAUAUAAACAUUUGUAGGGGAAAAAUAAGAAAUAUAAAAGAUUUUAAAAA